AUGGUUAACAUAACUGCCAUUGAUCCAGAUUCAACAGAUGGUGAAAUUGACGACAUUCUUGUCAAGUUAAACAACAGGCGAACACAUGUAUUUCUUGUCCAUAUGAGCAUGGAUUUGGGAAUAAGAUUUAUUCAGUCUGCAGAAGAACAAGACAUGAUGGGAGAAGGAUAUGCUUGGAUACUUACCCAGGGGUUAUCUUCUUUAACAGAUCCUCAAGUUACGACUGGGAACCCUUUGAAAGGAUACAUGCAAGGUGCAUUGGGAGUGAGGCCAAUGGAUUCGAACAAAACACGUUGGCGUAGGUGGAAAGAGAGUUAUUUUAUCUACAGGUUCAAUCGUACCCUAACAGUCUAUGGAUGGUGGGCUUAUCACACAAUUGAAGCAUUGGCUAUGGCAGUGGAGAAGGCAGGCGCAGACAAUGGCGCAAAACUUCGCGACGAAAUUCUAGCCGCUAAUGUCUCAUCAAGCGAGUCAUCGGGCCUAAAUUUUAGUCUAAGUAAGGGACAACUAGAUCAAUCGGUGGUGCUUGAAGUAUACAAUGUGAUAGGAGCGAGAGAAAGGGUCAUUGGUUAUUGGAGCCCUGAAACUGGACUUGUUCAAAAUUUUAGUAAAGGUGCUAAGAUAUCUGGUAAAUACCAACUAAAGGAUCCAUUGUGGCCGGGUGACACAUUGGAUAAACCACCAAAGUUGAGGAUUGGAGUCGUAACAACAAAUUCUUUUCCUGAAUUGGUGAAUGUAGAUAAUUCGACUACGCCGGUGAUGAUUAAUGGCUUUGCUUUUCAUGUGUUCUUAAAAGUUGUCGAUGUUUUGCCAUUUCCGCUCGAUUAUGAGUUUGUCCCCUUGCCAAACAAAAGUAGAAGCGGUACUCCCAUGUAUGACGAUAUUCUCUGCAACCAAAUGAAAGACAGGGAUCUUGAUGCUAUAAUUGGAGACAUCACAGUUGUGGCACAUCGUACAAACUGUGUUGAUUUCACUUUGCCAUAUUUAGAUUCAAGUGUAACAAUGAUGGUAAGGGUGGAGAAUGCGUCCAUAAGUAAGGGGAUCCUCUUGAAACCUUUCAAAUGGUCACUAUGGUUAAUUCUUGGUGGGAUUUUUUCGGCUGCAACUAUUAUCAUAAUUAUAUUAGAAAGAAAUGAAACCAACCAAUUUCGCUUCAAUCCCUUCCUUGUUUACAAGAUCGAUGUUAUGGAGAAUUUUGCAAGCAGUGCUACAGGAUGGAUGGUGAUACUGACAUCAUUCUUAUUCAUGUUGGUGGUGCAAGUUUACACAGCGAAUUUAACGUCAAUUUUAACACAAAGCAAAAUGAAAGAGCCUUCAUUUAAGGACGAAAAUGAAACUAAAAGCAGCAACCUGUCCGUGGGAUAUCAAGCUGGGUCAUGGGUGGAAGGGUUUUUGGUUAGCCAACUCAAACUCAACUCGUCCCAAUUGAAGGCUCUAGGAAGUCGCGAAAAGUACAACGAAUCACUGUCAACAGGAACCAAACAUGGAGGAGUGGAUGCCAUUUUUGAUGAAACCCCUUACCUCACGCUCUUCCUCUCCAAAUAUAGAUCUCAUUUCAUGAUGACAGGACCGAACUAUAAAACUGGCGGAUUUGCCUUUGCAUUCCCAAAGGGAUCUAUCCUGGCCUCCCAUUUCUCAAAUGCAAUCUUAAAUGUGACGCAAGACGUGGAGCCAUAUCGUGAGCUGAUGGCCAAGAACUCCUUACCCACUUCCAUUGAAGAUUUUGAAUUUGAAGAGCAGAGUGAUAUAGAGACGUCAAGUCUGAGUAUAGCUAACUUUGAAAGCCUUUACCCUGUCCUAAUAUCCUUAGUGGCUCUCUCUUUAGGCCUUGCCACUCUGAAUCCAUCAGUGAUCACACGGUUGCAUGAGAAGUUAAGCCGCAAUCAGCUAAGGCUUAAAUAA